UGGUCCGUUGCUCUUCGUGUCUCGGGACGCGUCCGCUUUAUAGAGUCACCUUGCUGCUCUUGCUGCCGCCGCUGCGACGGGGAGAAAGCAGGCGGAAAGCUCGGCCCAAAGGCACACAGGCAGGCGGGCGGCAGAAAUCUGAACGCAGACUCUGCGGCCACUGACCGAUCGGGGGAAACAUGGCGGAUGCGAAGCCCAAGACCUCCCCGAAGGCCAUCAAGUUCCUGUUCGGGGGUCUGGCUGGGACAGCACGGAGGCCGUUACUGCGGCGCGGCGACACGCUGAUGGAAGGCGUCACUACGCUGUGGAGGGGUUGCAUUCCCACCAUGGCUCGAGCGGUGGUCGUGAACGCCGCUCAACUGGCCUCGUACUCUCAGUCCAAACAGGCGCUGCUCGAUUCAGGUUAUUUUGGAGACGAUAUUCUGUGUCACUUCUGUGCCAGUAUGAUCAGUGGUCUGGUUACCACGGCAGCCUCGAUGCCCGUCGACAUCGUAAAGACCAGAAUCCAGAACAUGAAGAUGAUCGACGGGAAGCCCGAGUAUAAAAAUGGUUUGGAGGUGCUGGUUCGAGUGGUGGGGAAGGAGGGCUUCUUCUCUCUGUGGAAAGGUUUCACCCCGUACUAUGCCCGCCUUGGCCCGCACACCGUCCUCACCUUCAUCUUCCUGGAGCAGAUGAACCGCCUCUACAAGACCUACGUCCUCGACGUUUAGCCCACGCACAGACAGGCACACACGGUCUUUGAAUUCUUUCUGUAAAGAGAAAAAUGUAAAUUAAAUGUAGUUCAGACAUCAUUCACAGAUGUUUUGAGUAAUUAAGUCUUAUUUGUAGAAACCCUGCCCCACUGUCUCCCUGACAACACGCAGCAUCAUGAUGGGUAACCAUGGUAACAACCAUGGCUGAGCAGAGACUCGUGGUUGAAUAAAGACUUUUUGACCUUG